AUGGUAGGGGUUCACCUGUCUCAGAACGGCCGUGGAAAGGUAAGGGGCCACCUGUCUCAGAAUGACUGUGGAAUGGUAGGGGUUCACCUGUCUCAGAACGGCCGUGGAAUGGUAGGGUAUCACCUGUCUCAGAACGGCCGUGGAAUGGAAGGGGGUCACCUGUCUCAGAACGGCCUUGGAAAGGUAGGGGGUCACCUGUCUCAAAACGGCCGUGGAAUGGUAGGGGUUCACCUGUCUCAGAACGGCCGUGGAAAGGUAAGGGGCCACCUGUCUCAGAAUGACUGUGGAAUGGUAGGGGGUCACCUGUCUCAGAACGGCCGUGGAAUGGUAGGGUAUCACCUGUCUCAGAACGGCCGUGGAAUGGAAGGGGGUCACCUGUCUCAGAACGGCCGUGGAAAGGUAGGGUAUCACCUGUCUCAGAACGGCCGUGGAAAGGUAGGGGGUCACCUGUCUCAAUACGGCCGUGGAAAGGUAGGGGAUCACCUGUCUCAGAACGCCAGUGGAAAGGUAGGGGAUCAGCUGUCUCAGAACGGCCUUGGAAAGGUAGGGUAUCACCUGUCUCAGAACAGCCGUAGGGGGUCACCUGUCUCAGAACGGCCGUGGAAAGGUAGGGGAUCACCUGUCUCAGAACGCCCGUGGAAAGGUAGGGGAUCAGCUGUCUCAGAACGGCCGUGGAAAGGUAGGGGUUCACCUGUCUCAGAACGCCCGUGGAAGGUAGGGGAUCAGCUGUCUCAGAACGGCCGUGGAAAGGUAGGGGUUCACCUGUCUCAGAACGCCAGUGGAAAGGUAGGGGAUAAGCUGUCUCAGAACGGCCGUGGAAUGGAAGGGGGUCACCUGUCUCAGAACGGCCGUGGAAAGGUAGGGCAUCAGCUGUCUCAGAACGGCCGUGGAAAGGUAGGGUAUCACCUGUCUCAGAACGGCCUUGGAAAGGUAGGGGGUCAACUGUCUCAGACCGCCCGUGGAAAGGUAGGGGAUCACCUGUCUCAGAACGGUCGUGGAAAGGUAGGGGAUCACCUGUCUCAGAACGACCGUGGAAAGGUAGGAGAUCACCUGUCUCAGAACGGCCUUGGAAAGGUAGGGGGUCACUUGUCUCAGAACGACCGUAGAAAGGUAGGGCAUCGGCUGUCUCAGAACGGCCGUGGAAAGGUAGGGUAUCACCUGUCUCAGAACGGCCUUGGAAAGGUAGGGGGUCACCUGUCUCAGAACGCCCGUGGAAAGGUAGGGGAUCAGCUGUCUCAGAACGGUCGUGGAAAGGUAGGGGAUCACCUGUCUCAGAACGCCCGUGGAAAGGUAGGGGAUCACCUGUCUCAGAACGGCCGUGGAAAGGUAGGGCAUCAGCUGUCUCAGAACGGCCGUGGAAAGGUAGGGUAUCACCUGUCUCAGAACGGCCUUGGAAAGGUAGGGGGUCACCUGUCUCAGAACGCCCGUGGAAAGGUAGGGGAUCAGCUGUCUCAGAACGGUCGUGGAAAGGUAGAGGAUCACCUGUCUCAGAACGCCCGUGGAAAGGUAGGCUAUCACCUGUCUCAGAACGCCCGUGGAAAGGUAGGGGAUCAGCUGUCUCAGAACGGUCGUGGAAAGGUAGGGGAUCACCUGUCUCAGAACGCACGUGGAAAGGUUUUCCGAAAGAGUCCUAUCUCUAGGCGUUGUUCUAACGACAUCGGGUUGAGCCGUCUGUGA